AUGUCUGUGACAAAUAAUAAUCCAUGCUUAAGAGACAUUAUUGUUUCAACCUUUGAAUGCUUGGAAGAGUUCCCUGACGAUAGCAGGAAGGUUUUUUGCAAGAUUUGCAAAGCAACAAUUUUGGCUCUGAGUAUGAAACGAGCAAAUAUUCACGUGAACUCACGUCACCAUCAAAAAAAAUUAAAUGGUGAGGAAAUUCCAAUAAGAAAAUUUGAACUUAAAUGGCUGCAAGACAUACGGUUUAAAUUAUGGUUGGAAGUAGUGCCUGGUGACGAAUUUAAAUUUCGUUGCAAAAUUUGCAAUGUUGAUAGAACCUGCAUAGGAGGCAUAAGUAAUGUGACUCGUCACGCACAACAACCGGAACAUGUCAAUAACUGUAAAACAGCUGGAGUACAGUCAAUGGAUGACUUGCAGGGUGAAGAUAUUUACGAUUCUGUACAGUCUUUUGAAAAUCGCAGAAUAAUUCGCGAAACAGAAUAUGCUAAAUUAGGAUGUCUCACCAAUACCCCAUAUCAAACCAUGGGAAAAUUUUUGAAAUUUUUUCAAGAAACCGACCCUGCAGUCCUUCAGAAAAUGACUGCAAGAAGGUAUCGGCUCUGGUUAGAAAUGUUUUGGCUCCACGGGAAGAAUCUAGAAUAG